GGGGCAGCAGCGGCUGAGCUCCUGGAGCCCGCCCGGAGCAUGGAUCGCGGCUGGGGACAGCAGGACGUGGGCUGGGCUGCCCUGCUGAUCCUCUUCGUGGCCUCGCUGCUCACCGUGCUCGGCUGGCUGCUGCAAUAUGCCCGCGACGUGUGGCUGGCUCGGGGAUCCGGGGCCCGGGGCGCCAGGCCCGCCUGGGCCGCGGAGUCUACGGGCUCCCUCCGGGAGCUGGGCGUGUGGCGCUCGCUGCUGCGGCUGCGGAGGUGUCGGGCCGGUGCCCCCCAGGAGGAAUCGGGCGUCCGGGGCCUCCUGGCGUCGCUCUUCGCCUUCAAGUCCUUCCGGGAGAACUGGCAGCGGGCUUGGGUGCGAGCGCUGAACGAGCAGGCCUGCAGGGACGGGAGCUCCAUCCAAAUUGCCUUUGAUGAGGUGCCCCAACUCGCACCCAGAACCAGCAUUAGCCAUGUGACCUGCAUAGACCAAGCAGAGCACACCAUGGUGCUGCAUUGCCAGCUCUCCGCAGAGGAGGUACGGUUCCCAGUCUCUGUGACCCAGCAGUCCCCCGCUGCUGUCUCCAUGGAGACCUACCACGUCACUCUGACACUGCCGCCAACACAGUUGGAAGUCAACCUAGAAGAAAUCCCUGGUGAGGGGCUACUUGUGUCCUGGUCUUUUCCCCACCGCCCAGAGCUCAACCUCACGGUGCUCCCCACACUGCAGGCCAGGGAGAGGGGUGAGGAGCAGGUAGAACUGUCCACCAUCGAGGAGCUAAUCAAAGAUGCCAUCGUCAGCACCCAGCCCGCCAUGCUGGUCAACCUCAGGGCAUGCUCAGCUUCCGGAGGCCUGGUACCCAGUGAGAAGCCACCUCUGGUGACCCAGGCCCACCUCACCAGCCCUAGACCUACCCGGUUGUUCCUACGGCAGCUUCGAGCCUCUCACCUGGGAGGGAAAAUGGAAGGCACCGGGGAGCUGUGCUGUGUGGCUGAGCUCGAUCACCCCAUGCAACAGAAGUGGACCAAGUCUGCCAAGGCUGGUCCGGAGGUGGAGUGGACAGAGGACCUGGCCCUGGAUCUGGGCCCCCAGAGCCGGGAGCUGACCCUCAAAGUAAUGAGGAGCAGCAGCUAUGGAGAGGCUGAGCUCUUGGGCCAGGCCACACUGCCUGUGGGAUCCCCUUCCAGACCCCUGUCCCGAAGACAAGUGUGCCCACUCACCCCUGGACCUAGGGAAGGCCUGGGCCCUGCAGCCACUGUGGCCGUGGAGCUUCUCUAUGAGGAGGGCUCACCCCGAAACCUGGGCACCCAGACUCCCUCCACACCACGCCCCAGUAUCACCCCGACCAAGAAGAUCGAGUUGGACCGGACCAUCAUGCCCGAUGGCACCAUUGUCACCACAGUCACCACUGUCCAGUCCCGGCCCCGAGCAGAUGGCAAAAUCGACUCCCCCUCCCGCUCCCCGUCCAAGGUGGAGAUGACGGAGAAGACCACCACCGUGCUAAGCAACAGCAGUAGCCCAGGAGGCACCGUGGCCAGCAGCAGCCCAGGGGAUAGUAACCUCUCCAACGGCCUGGACCCUGUGGCUGAGACUGCCAUCCGGCAGCUGACAGAGCCCAGUGGGCGAGCAGCCAAGAAAACGCCCACUAAACGCAGUACACUCAUCAUCUCAGGCGUCUCCAAGGUGCCCAUUGAGCAGGAUGAGUUGGCACUGUCCCUGGGCUAUGCAGCCUCACUGGACGCCUCCCUGCAGGAAGAUGCAGGGAGCAGUGGAGGCCCCUCGUCGCCUCCCUCCGACCCGCCAGCCAUGUCUCCGGGACCCCCUGAUGCCCUGUCCAGCCCCACGAGCGUCCAGGAAGCAGAUGAGACCACGCGCUCGGACAUUUCUGAGAGGCCAUCUGUGGACGAUGUGGAGUCGGAGACAGGUUCAACUAGUGCCCUGGAGACCCGCAGCCUCAAGGAUCACAAAGUGAGCUUCCUGCGCAGCGGCACAAAGCUCAUCUUCCGCCGAAGGCCUCGUCAGAAGGAAGCAGGCCUGAGCCAGUCCCACGACGACCUCUCCAAUGCCACAGCCGCCCCCAGUGUCCGCAAGAAGGCCGGCAGCUUCUCCCGCCGCCUUAUCAAGCGUUUUUCCUUCAAAACCAAACCCAAGGCCAAUGGCAACCCUAGUCCCCAACUCUGAGGACCCUCCUCAGCUCCUGAGCCAGAAGAGGGCGAGAUUCCCCUUCACUCAGUCCUUGUUCCCUUCCAUUUCCCUUUCUGGACUCUUGCCCAUCCUGGGGUCAGGAAAGCCCCAUCCACCUCAGCCUUGGGGCCUGUUGGGAGGGAUUUAGCAAAAGGCAGCACACAAGGCAGCCUGAUGACCUAGAAGAUGGAGUGGUGGCUGGUGCAUGGAGGGUUCAGCCUGGGCCCAGGUGGGCAUUUCCUCAGAACCACUGGCCUGCCCCCCUCCAGAACCCCCGGACUCUGAGCGCCUCAGCUGCUCCUCCCUCCCUUAUUUAUUCUCUUUUCUAUUUAUGUGUCUGGUCUGGGACUCUCUGAGACCAGAGAGUAGAGGGCAUCUCUCCCAGGGGACCUUUCCUGUCCCACACCUCCCUCAGGUCCCCACUUCAGCCAGCACCAAUGUCUGCCUCUGAGGGUAGACAGAGGAAGCCAGGCGGUGCCAGGAUAGGGGGGCAGGUAUCCCCACUUCCCUGCCUCCCCUUCUGCUCCUUGUCCCUCCCUCCCCCUUUCUUAUCAUUUUUUUGUACUUUGCCUUCUCCAUGCUGUGUGUGCAGCAGGGAAAGGAAGGAGGGAGCAAGGAGCCGCUGGUGGGCAGUCUGCCCCCAAGACGGGUCCCAGAAGCCUUAUUCAGAGUGGGCAGUGUUGGAGCCAAGAAGGGCUGCCUCACUGUCAGUUGGCGAAUGAUGACGUCCAUUGCUGUGUGAUGGCUUGGAAUUAAUUUAUUAUUAAAGUCAAAUUGGAAUUUAUAA